AUGGACGAUUUUGAAGUGGCUAGGGUAAGUUUUGGAAAUUUUUUGGCAAAAAUCGGGAUUUUUGGAGGUUUUUAUAUAUUUGUUAUAGGCUUAAAAAUUGUUUUUCUGGGGCAAAACAGUCGUAUGUUGUUAUGUUACGGUUGGACAUGUGAUUUAAAAUAGUUUUUUAAACGUUUUGUAUGUUUUAGAGUUUGUUUUAGAGGCAAUCGGCUGGUUUACAAGCUUAAAGUUAAGCCUAGUCCUAGCUAGGGGUUAAAACUUAAAAAAUUUUUAAAAAUCUUGAAGCAUUUUAGAAAGUAGAUGAAACAGACAUCAAAUCACUGGUUUUGACAAACCUAAAACGUCAUAUGUUGCUACAUCCAUACAUCUUGGUUAAGCAUCUGGUCGCCUUUACCUACAAGCCAUUACUACUGCAUAAUAACUCGGAACUCUACUUUUUCAACACUAAUUUGACUGGUUAUUGUGAGUCGUUGGUUUUCUGGCCGUAUUUUACAAUGGUGCUUUUAAAAUUGAAGUUAUUGUUAUUUUGUUGCACGGUGCAAUAUAAUUUUUGGUCUGCACUGUGCAGAUUGUUGAACUGCCAUUUUUGAGUUUAAAAUUAAGAAAAAGGAAAAAUUAUAGCUUGUCUUUUUAAAAAUGACCUUUUUAUGUUUUUUCUGACACAAUUUUUAAUUUUUUAUUAACAGUUUGCUCGGUGCAAUAAAAUAUUUUGGUUUGCACCGUGCAGGUUUUUAAACUGUCAUUUUUAUAACUUUAAAGUUUGGAAGUUUCAAAAAACACCAUUAAUUUAUUCAACUGUUUGUUUUAAUAAUUUUUUUUCAAAAAAUUUUUCAAUCUCACAAUAUUUUUAAAAAAUUUUCGAAUUUAAUAUUCUGCACAGUGCAACCCAAAACAUUUUAUUGCACAGUGCAAGAAACUUAAAAACAACAUUUUCAGGUAAUUUUAAAGCCCUAAACUUAAUUUUAUUUUGUUUUUAGUACAAACCCUAUACUACAAUCAUGGUAAAGACAUCUACCUCACCGGGAUUGACACAAGUAUUGCCAUAAACACCAUUAGUAAUAUCACCUGGUCAUUUCUGCCAACUUACUUUGAUCUCAAUUAUAAUGGAUUCAAGGACGAGGAUGACAAGAGUUUGAGUGAGUAUGACAUGACGGAACAUCAGAGUAUUGUAAAACAUACUCGAGCUGCUUUCAAGCAGUGCACUUUCAAUGCUGUAUUGGCGGUUGUUCAGCGACCUUUUUAUGGUAAGUAGGGGGGGGUGGAGGAGAGUAGGUUUAUCAUAGGAUGGGGUAGGGUUGGGUAGAGUAAGGAAGGGUACGGUGGGGUAGAGUAGGAUAGGGUAAUGAAGGGUAGGGUAAAGCAGAGUUAAGGUAGAGCAUCAACUUAUAAAACGACUUCAUUUUCAGUUGUCCUAACCCGCCAGCUAGCCUUCUACAUGUUCAACAACGCUUCCCCUCCCUUUGUCAUCCCAAUGCUAAAAGACAUCGGUGACACCGAAGGUUUGCCAGGCCUUUUCUCCGGCGUAAUCCCAGCCAUAAUACACACAGUAUUUGCCACCUCAGCUUACUGGGCUUUGAGAUUCUUCUUCAGCCGCUUCAUUGUCCACACCCAAAGAGUUGCUAUCAAAAAGAACUCCAGUUACCUUCAUUCAUUAGUCAGUUUCGUCAAGGAGAACAUGAACAUGGGACUCUGGGCCAUCUGGUUCUAUACCGACUUGAAGUUUGAUGAUUUCGACAGAGAAGGGAAGCUACUGGCCUUGGGCGAUGUUCUGGAUUUGGCCGAGAUUGAUGGAAAACGAUAG